GCGUUCACCAUAAGGCCACGAAGAAGAAUAUUAAACGGAAAUUAAAGCUACUCAUUUUCAUGAGGAAGAGCGAUAAACAAACAAAAACAAAACAUUUGCUCUAUUAUAAAUUGUUAGGUGUUUGCAAUAUUUUAAAAUGCAUUUGUGCUUAUAAGUAUGUUCAUUCGGACGGUUUUGUGUCUGUGAAUCUGCACGAAAGGAGGGAAAGAAAGACUAGCUCCCAACUAGCUAGGCUAGCGGGCAGGCUACGUAGCUAAGGGGUUAGCUCGACAUGUUUAGUUUGGUGCUAGAGCGAAGGAGCGCGACAUGAUGACACGAAACUCCGACAGUGUUAUCAACUAACGACACCCGUUUUCACCACAAGAUCGGAAGAUCGUGGGCCACAGGUCUAGGACUUGGGUUAAGUUUUAACCGGAACUGCACCCCGCAAGCUCGGCACGUCGUCAUCAUGGCUUGGGCUCUGAAGUUGCCUCUCACCGAUGAAGUGAUUGAGUCCGGACUGGUUCAGGACUUUGAUGCCAGUCUCUCGGGCAUUGGCCAGGAACUUGGUGCUGGAGCAUACAGCAUGAGCGAUGUACUUGCCCUUCCCAUCUUCAAGCAGGAGGAGUCCAACCUGCCUCCAGACAACGAGAACAAGAUUCUUCCCUUUCAAUAUGUUCUUUGUGCAGCUACCUCUCCAGCCGUUAAACUGCACGAUGAAACUCUCACCUACCUCAACCAAGGGCAGUCUUAUGAAAUAAGGAUGCUCGACAAUCAGAAAAUUGGGGACCUUCCAGAAAUCACUGGUAAAAUGGUUAAGAGUAUUAUCCGUGUGGUGUUUCAUGACAGACGACUUCAGUACACAGAGCACCAGCAGCUGGAAGGCUGGCGCUGGAACAGACCUGGAGAUCGUAUCCUUGACUUGGAUAUCCCCAUGUCUGUCGGCAUAAUCGACCCCAGGGCUAACCCUACUCAGCUUAACACUGUGGAGUUCCUUUGGGACCCAUCAAAAAGAACCUCAGUUUUUAUCCAGGUUCAUUGCAUUAGCACAGAGUUCACCAUGCGCAAGCAUGGUGGAGAAAAGGGCGUACCUUUCCGCAUCCAGAUUGACACGUUUAAAGACAAUGAGAAUGGAGAGUACACAGAGCAUCUUCACUCUGCCUCCUGCCAGGUCAAAGUCUUCAAGCCUAAAGGUGCCGACAGAAAGCAGAAGACAGACAGGGAGAAAAUGGAGAAGAGGACGCCACAGGAAAAGGAAAAGUAUCAGCCUUCAUAUGAAACCACUAUCUUGACAGAGUGCUCUCCGUGGCCCGAAGCCACGUACGUCAAUAACUCUCCAACUCCAGGCUUCAACAGCACACACAACAGCUUUCCAGUUGCAGAAGGAAAUGGAUCACCGACCCACCAGCCUGAGCCUGUCAUUCCGGUAGCGGAUAAUUUGUUACCCACAGCAACACCACAGGACGCACAACAGUGGCUUCUCAGAAAUCGCUUCUCACCCUAUUGUCGGAUCUUCACCAGUUUCUCAGGGGCAGAUCUGCUGAAGCUGACCAGAGAGGAUGUCAUUCAGAUAUGUGGGCCAGCAGAUGGUAUAAGACUGUUUAAUGCACUGAAGGGACGAGUGGUACGUCCGAGGCUGACUAUCUAUGUUUGCCAAGAGUCUCAGCAGGCACGGGAACAGCAGCCGAAACAUGAGAACGGAGACGCUGCCAACAACACUUUCUUUAUAUAUCAUGCAAUUUACCUGGAGGAGCUUACUUCUGUUGAGCUGACGGAGAAGAUUGCUCAGCUCUUCAAUAUCUCACCGAGACAGAUAAAUCAGAUUUUUAAACAGGGUCCUACUGGCAUCCAUGUGUUGGUUAGUGAUGAGAUGAUUCAAAACUUCCAGGAUGAAGUAUGUUUUGUUUUGGAUACAAUGAAAGAUGACACAAGUGACUGCUAUCACAUCAUCUUAAAGUGAACGCUGGGCAGAACAUUAGUUUAGCCUCGCUCUCUUCUUUAGAACCAAACCAGUCAGCCCCUCUAGAGCACACUCCUCUCUGUUCUUGGAGUAUAUGGAGAUACCCCAAGAAACCGUUUGAGGUUAAUAGGAGGAACAUGCGACUGAAGCACUCGGCUCUCUCCUCACUGAACCCUAUUGUCUUACUAUUGAGGGAGUGACUGUGUUACCACAGUGAUGUAACAUUUUCCUUCUUGUUCCGCCAUUGUUUCCCUUAAAUUGUUGAAUUUCUCUCAUGUGUAGGAGGUUAGUACAACAGCUGCCUUCCAUGUUUGUUAGCUAAACAUCUGGUGAACCAAAGCUCCGUGCUUCAUAAUCAACAGUUUGCCAUAUUUGUAAAAGAACAACACGGACAACAACCAAACAAAAUCAACAGAAACCCCACAGGUACAUUAAUAGUACUUGACUAUCAGUCUUAAGUGCUGCAUGACUUCUUGUCUUCAUGCUAGAGUCCUUGCAGGAUCCACAAGCCAGCCUGCAACAAACACAGUAGAGCUCACACUAUCACAGAGUCUCAUCAAAGAACCACCAGAGGCAUCAAAAUCAGGUCAUUAAGGGAAACGAACGAAAUCCAGCUGUUUCCAAAACAUCUGUGGUUCCUUUGGAAGCUAACAAGCUCAGUCUUUGAACUCUUAUUUUUGAGAAAUAUUUUUUCCAGCCGGUUUGAUCCUUGUAUAGUUAGCCGUAUAGUGCAUAUGAUGGAAGUCGAAAGAAAACAAGCUGUGCGUGUUAGUGAUCACACCAGCAGAUCAUCUCUGACCUGUGUGCUCCCUAUCAGCUUGUCUAGCAUUUCCCUUUUCCUUUUUUUCUGCCUGUUUUAUGACAUUAUUUUUUUAAACUGGAUCAUUGCUUUGUUCAUUGUUUUGUAGGGAAUUAUGUUACUUUUUUUAAAUACGCUUUUAACAAAUAUACAUGUUUUUAUUAUUGUUUUUGGAUGUUGCCAAAUACUAAUACAUGUAAUGGGUUGUUGGGUGCUUCAGAGCUGCAUGUGAAAAGAUGUGCUUAGUUUAUGUUGAGUCCACUGUAAUGCUUACAUUGAAUUUAUAGCAGACAUAGCCAUGUUUGUCCCACCUCAUCAGCAUUAUUAAAAUACAUAAACCAUG